AUUCCAGGCGUGUUUGACACAGAAGACACAAAUAAUGGAGAAUACAAAACUUUUUGUUUCCCUGGUAAAUGGCACCGGUUCAAAAUUUACGGAUAAUUAUGAUAAAAACUAUUUACUCAAUGAAAACAUUGUACAAGAUAGAAACCGUACAUCCAGCAUAUAUGAAGACAUAGCCUUAACGGUGGUCUACUCGGUGUUUUGCUUACUGGGAAUCAUUGGAAAUGGUCUCGUCAUCUGGUUCGGCAUCUUCAGGAUCCAGAAGACCGUCAAUGUUAUAUGGUUCCUCAGCUUAGCCCUGGCUGAUUUCUCCUUCACAUUUUUGCUUCCUUUGAACAUCACACAAAUUUUAUUGAAAUAUUGGGCAUUUGAAACAUUUACGUGCAAGCUAACCCAAUUGGUACUGUGUAUUAAUUUGAUUGUCAGCGUCCUCCAGAUCACAGUCAUCAGUUUGGACCGAUGCAUCUGUGUGAUGCUCCCCGUAUGGUGCCACAACCACCGGAGGCCAAGAUUGGCUUUCAUCAUUGUCCUGAUCAUUUGGAUAGGUUCUAUUGCUCUGUCGUUACCCUUUAUAGUAUACUCAGACAUAGCUGAAAUUCAUGAACUGAUGAUAUGUACUUUAAAAAUAGACGAAUCUGACUGGGCCAUGAAGACAAUGUUGGACUUAGUCUUAUUCUUCCUUUUACCUUUCAUUAUCAUUGUCUCCUGCUACAUUGUGAUCGUCUUGUACUCCAAAAAGAAACGCAUCUUUGCAUCUUCUCGGCCUCUUAAAACCAUUGCGGCUGUCAUCAUCGCGUUCUUUAUCUGUUGGUUCCCUAUCAGACUGUUUACCCUUCUCCUUACAUUUGAAGGUCGUCUGUUUGACUUUUAUUCAGUUUAUUAUGGGUUUUUAAUCACCAAUCUCCUGAUAGUUCUGAAUUCUUGUAUUAACCCCAUCCUCUACGUCUUCAUUGGUCGAGAUUUUAAGGAAAAAUUCUGGGGCUCCUUCCAGGCUACAUUAGAAAAAGCAUUUAUAGAAGAGGACAAGUCAGCGUCUGAGAAACAAGAAAGAUGUACUGCUCUUCAGAGUUUACAGUAACAUUACAUACAGCAGAACUGUGGUCUCCAAACUAUGGACCUUCAAGACUGCACCAUUUGGAGGUCUACAGGUUGGAGAAGAAGAUCAAAUCACAGAAUGAACAGCACCUAAUGAUGUCAUACUUUUUUUGUAUUCUUUUUUACACUAAAAUGUAGAUUUAUAAGCAUUUUUUUCCCUUCUUGUAUUAACAUCGUGGUAUCCCAGAAAACGAAAACCUACCUGUUUUGCGCUUACA